GGUGGGAGCGCGAGAGCUCCUUGGUGACGCAAGCCCUCACGUGACCAAGAGCUGCAGAGCGACGCAGCUUGCGGUGCAGUCAUCACACCCUUCUGGGUACCAGCUCCCCGCUGCCCUGCGCAGGCAGGCUGGCAUCGGGCCCAGGAAAAGCGGAGCAGCUCGGUGUUGCAGUUUGUGGCGAGGUAAAGGAAGGAGUAGAGAAAGCUGCAUCGGAUCUGUGAAGUUUUCAGAUACCUUGCCAGUCUGAACAUCUUGGUGAAGGAAAUGAUGGACUUUUGGAAGAAGCCCUAGAAUGCUACAGAUCUUCCCAUACAUCUGCAGUAGGGCUGUUUACCACUGGAAACAAGGGAGAGGGGGAGACUUGUCUAGAACCGUGGAGAUCUACCUGCAGGUUUGCUGCAGGGCUUGAGAUGACUGGAAGCAAAGAAACAAGGAGGAAAUUGCCCCUGAUCAGUAGAGACUGGUCCAUAGAUCUCAUGAGUAUAUAGACCUACUUUCGGGUAGAUCACAAAUCAAGAGAAGGAAAGAGGAGGGAACUGCUUUGGAUCAAUACAGGUCCACCUCCAGUGACAGCUGUAGUGGCCUUUGAGCUGAAGACCAGCACCCUUACAGACCUAUCGCACUCUUUCCCCAGCCAUUCUGAUCCCCCCUACCUUAUUUGUGGCAUCAGCAGGGGUGAUUACAUGGGUCGCAUUCAGGAAGUAGGCUGGGUGACUGCAGGACUGGUGAUAUGGGCUGGUACCUGCUAUUACAUUUACAGAUUAACCACAGGAAGAGCCCAGAGUAUGAGGAGACUUGCCAGCAAUGGGUCUAGAGUCAAGAUGGAAACUGUGGCUGGUGUACAGACCCAGACCUUGGCUACGAGUGAAGCCAUGGAUGGGACAGAGAUUGAGACUAGAUCCAAGGUCAAGACUGAAGCAGAAACUGGAACAGGAGGUGGGGCUGGGGCUGAUAUAGAGACGAAGGCCACUGCUAGAGGCAGACCCAAAGCCAACUCUCAGGCCAAGGCAAUGGUUGGGGCAGAGGCAGAGGUCCAAUCUGAGGUCAAAACAAUGGCUAUGACAGAGGCAGUGACUCUGGCUGAAACCAAAAUCAAAGCCAAGGAAAUGGCCAUGAAAGAGGCAGUGACUCAAACUGACUCUGAGGCUGAGAGAGUAGUCAAGAAAGAAGCAGUGACCCAGACCAAAGCUAAAGCUUGUGGACUAUUUGCCAGGGCAGAGGCCAAGAAAGAAGCAAUGACCCAGACCAAAGUGGAAGCUCAUAUAUUUGCUGAAAAAGAGACAGAGAUGAACAGAGUACUGGUGACACAGAAUGAGGCCUUGGCAAUAACCAGGGAAGUAGCCAAGAUGAAUGCCAUAAACAAGACUGGAAUUGUGGCUGAGACCAAAGCAAGAGCCCUGGAAGAGACUAUGAAUGUGGCCAAGACUCAGUCUGAGGCAAGGUGUGGUACCACAGUUGAUGCUAAGGGAAAUCUUAAUACCAUGUCCAGGGCAGGAGCUGGAAUGGAUAUAAGGUCUUAUGCACCAUCUCAGUCUGUGGCCAAGAUCCAGGUUGAUGAGAUGCCUUGUGCUGGGCUUGAAGACAAGGGAAAUUGCAAAAUUAUGUAUCAAACAGAGUCUGGGGAAGACAUGAGGACUUCUGCCCAGUCUCAGAUUAUAACCAAGGCUCAGGCUGAGACCAUGACUGGGGUAAGGGUUGAUGCUGGGGGUAAUACCAAUGCCAUGUACAAGGCAGGAACAGAGACAGAUAUGGGAGCUUCUACACAACAUCAGACUAUGACCAAGAAACAGGUUGAGGCAAUGUCUGAUGCCAGGGUUGAUGAAAGGGGAAAUACCAAUGUCAUAACUAGGGCAGUGACUGGAGCUCACAUGAAGACUGUUUCUCAGCCUAAGACUAUGCCUGAUGCCAGGGUUAAGGAUAGAGACAAUUCUAAUGCCAUGUCUAAAAUGGGGGAAAAGGCAAACCUGAAGGUCAAUUCUCAGGUUGAGGCUUUGCCUGAUUCCAGAGUUCAGACCAGGGGUAAUCCCAAUGCCAUUUCUAAGUUAGGGGUUGGAACAGAUAUGUUGUCCUGUAUACAACCUCAAUCUGUGGCCAGUGUCCCAGGAGAUGCCUUGCCUGAUGGUAAGAUUAAUGCUAAAGGCAAUGCCAACACAAUGUCUAAGGAAGGGGCUGGGACAGACACAAAGGCACAGUCUCAGGCUUUUGCCACAAGCCAGGUUGAAGCCUUACCUAGUACUAGAACUAAGGCUAGGGGCAAAGCCAAAGGCAAAAGAAAGGCCAGGGUCAGGACAGACAUGAAAACCUAUGCACAGCCUCAGGGUGGGGCUAAGUCCCAAGCUGAUGACAGAGGAGACCCUGAUGCCAUUUCUAUGGCAGAGGCUAAGGCAGAAAUGAGGCCCUGUGGUCAGCCUCAGGCUAUGGCCAAUACCCAGGAUGAAGCCUUGUCUGGUAUCCAGAAUAAGUUCCGGGGUAAUCCCAAAGGUGUGUCUAACGUAGGGGCUGGGCCAGACACAAAUGGCUCUGUCCAGCCUCAAACAGAUAUAACGCAAUCUGCUUGGCCACAGGCUGUGGCCAAUUCUCAGGGUGAGGCCUUACCUGGUGCCAGUAAUAAGGUCAGGGGAAAUCCCAAUGUUGUGUCUAAGACAGAGACUGGAGCAGAUACAACAGGUUCUGCACAGACCCAGGCUCUUUCAAAUUCCCAAGGCAAAGCCUUGCUUGGUGCCAGGAAUAAGGACAGGCGCAAACCUAAUGCUGUGUCUAAGUCAGGGGCUGGAUCAGAUGCAGUUGGCUCUGCCCAGCCCCAGGCUGUGACCAAUUCCCAAGAGGAGGCCUUGCCUAGUGCCAAGAAUAAGCUCCAGGGCAAUCCCAAUGCUGUGUCUAAGGCAGGAGGUGGGCCAGAUACAACUGGCCCUGACCAGCUCCAGACUAUGACUAAUUCUCAGGGUGAGGUCUUACCUGGUACUAAGAAUAAGGUCAGGGAUAAUCCCAAUACUGUGUCUAAGGCAGAGGACCACACAGAUGCAAAAGGCUCUGUCCAGCCCCAGGCUGUGUUUAAUUCCCAAGGGGAAGCCUUACCUGUUACUAGGAAUAAGGUCAAGGGCAAUGCCAAUGCUGCAUCUAAGGCAGGGGCUGGGCCAGAUGCAAUGGACUCUGUCCAGCCCCAAGCUGUGACCAAUUCACAGGGUGAGGCCCUGUGUGUUACUAAGAAUAAGGUCAGGGAUAAUCCCAAUACUGAGUCUAAAGCAGAGGCCAGAGCAGAUGCAACCAGCUCUGCCCAGCCCCAGGUUGUAUCUAAUUCCCAAGGUGAGUUAUUGCCUGGUACCAAGAAUGAAGUCAAGGGCAAUCCUAGUGCUGUGUCUAAGGCAGGGCCUGGGCCAGAUGCAAUGGGCUCUGUCCAGCCCCAAGCUGUGGCUAAUUCUUGGGGUGAGGCCUUGCCUGGUGCCAAGAAUAAGGUCAAGGGCAAUGCCAAUGCUGCAUCUAAGGCAGGAGGUGGGCCAGAUACAACUGGCUCUGACCAGUUCCAGACUAUGACUAAUUCUCAGGGUGAGGUCUUACCUGAUACUAAGAAUAAGGUCAGGGAUAAUCCCAAUACUGUGUCUAAGGCAGAGGACCAAACAGAUGCAACAGGCUCUGUCCAGCCCCAGGCUGUGUUUAAUUCCCAAGGUGAAGCCUUACCUGUUACUAGGAAUAAGGUCAAGGGCAAUGCCAAUGCUGCAUCUAAGGCAGGGGCUGGGCCAGAUGCAAUGGACUCUGUCCAGCCCCAAGCUGUGACCAAUUCACAGGGUGAGGCCCUGUGUGUUACUAAGAAUAAGGUCAGGGAUGAUAAUCCCAAUACUGUGUCUAAAGCAGAGGCCAGAGCAGAUGCAACCAGCUCUGCCCAGCCCCAAGCUGUGGCUAAUUCUUGGGGUGAGGCCUUACUUGGUGCUAAGAAUAAGGUCAGGGGCAGUUCCAAUACUGUGUCCAAGUUAAAGGCUGGAGCAGAUACAACAAGCUCUUCUCCGCCCCAGGUUUCAGACAGUUCCCAUCGUGAGGCCUUGCUUGGUGCUAGGAGUAAGGUUAAGUGCAAUACCAAUGCUGAAUCUAAGGUAAAGGCCAGAAAAGAUACAAUGGUCUCUGGCCAGCCUCAGUCCAUGGCCCUUUCCCAGAGUAAGAUGUUGCUUGGUGCAAAGGACAAAGCUAUACCCAAAUCUAAGGCAGAAACCACAGAAGAAGGUGCUGUCUAUAAAAACCCCAAGCCUAAGGCCAUGCUCACUUCUGACAGUGAAGGUGGGACAGGUACUCUGGCCUGUGGAAAGACACAGCCUAAAGUCCAUGACUAUUAUUGGAAUGAAAUUGGUAUUGAAGAUUGGAUUGCCUCUGAGCGAUGGAUCAAAUUUAGGUUUCAGGCCAAGGACGGAUACUGGGAGAAUAGCAUGUCUUGGGUUGAUGAUGAGAAUGAAGCCAGUAUUGAGUCCUGGAGCAGGGCUAGUGAUAAGUCUGGUAUUAGGUCCUGGGCUGGGGCUUGUGAUGAGGCUGGCAUUAAGUCCUGGCCUUGGGCUAGGGAUGAGAAUAAGGUUGGUAUUGAAUCCUGGGAUAGAUCUGAGGACCAGGCCAGUGGGGAUCUCUGGACUAGGAACAAGGCCAUUAGAGGGUCCCGGACUGGGGCUGAGAACCAGGUCAGUGGAGGGUCUUGGGUUGGCACUAGGGACAAGGUUAUUGGGGAACCCUGGACUGGAGAUCAGAUUAGUGAGGGUUCCCAGGCUGGGGGCCAAGCCAGUGAGGUGUCCUGGGUUGGGGAAGAGGCAAUUGGAGGGUCCUGGACAGUGCCUGAGAACAAGGCCAAUGGAGGGUCCUGGCCUGGAGUUCAAAAGCAGGCUAGUGGAAGGUCCCUGGAUGGGGAUAGGAUUCAGGCAAAUGGAGGUUCCUGGACUGAGACUGGGGCUAGAAAUGUGGCUAGUAUUGGCGACUGGGCUGGCACUGUGGACAAGGCUAUUGGAGAGUCCUGGGUUGGGACUGGCGAUCCACUUGGUGGUAGAUCCAAGCCUGAUAAUCAGGCUAGUGAAAAUGUAUCCUGGGCUGAGGCUGGUGACCAGGGCAGUGGAAGGUCUAGGUUGGGGUCUGAGGACCAGUCCAGUGAAAGACCCUGGGCUGACACUGCAGAUCAAGCCAGUGGAGUGUCCAGGCUGGGGCCUGUGGACCAGUCCAGCAGUGGGUCCUGGGCUACGACUGGGGAACAGGCUGAUGGAGGGUCUAGGCCAGGGUUUGUGGACCAGUCCAAUGUUCAGUCCUGGGCUGGCACUGGAAAGGAAGCUAGUGGAAGGUCCUGGGUUGGGGCUGGAGAUCAGGCAGGUAGCUGUUCCAAACCUGAAUUUGAGGGUCAGGCCAGUGGAGGAGGCUUCCGAGCUGGCACUAGGAAUCAAGCUGGUAGAAAAUCCUGGGCUGGGUCUAGUCUGGAACCUGAAAGUCAGACAAGUGGGGGGUCCUGGGCUAGGACUAGGGACCAGGCCAGUGGAAGGUCCCAGGUCAGUGCUGGGGUGGAGGACAAUGAAGGGUACUGGCUUGGGGCUGGGAUUGAAGCUAGUACAGGAUCCUGGUUUUGGAGAGGGGAAGAGGCUGGUAUUGUGUCCAGAUCUGGAUAUAAAAAUGAACCCAGUAUUGAAUCCAGAUCAGUGACUGAGGAAGAGAUUAUCAUUAGUUCCAUAUUUGAGGAUGAGGACAAGGCCAGUAUUGGGUCCUGGAGUAGAUCUGAAGAGGAGGCCUUUAUGGAUUCCUUUGUGGGGGCUGAGGCCAGGAAAGAGUCUUGGCUCUGGGAUGAAGAUACAACCACUUCAGGGUCUAGGCUUGGGGCUGGGGAAGGGCCUGGCAUGAGGUCCUGGACUUUGGCUGAGGAUAUAGAUGAAGAUGAACUAAGUAGAGCAUCUAGCCCUGAUAUUGAGGAGAUCAGUUUAAGAUCCUUGUUUUGGACUGAGAGUGAGAACAAUGAGUGCAUAUCCAAGAGUGAGAAAAAUGUCAGUUUUGAGUGUGGGGCUGGAGACAAGGAUAAGCUUGAGGCUGCUGGUGGAGUUGAUAUAAGGUCUUGGUUCAGGGAUGGUAAUGAAAACAGAAGUGGAAACAAAUCUGCACCUAAGACUAAAAAAUCAUCUGAGUCUAGAGGCACAUAUCCGUCCAUGGUUCCUGGGGCAGGAAUGGGAUCAUGGGCAGAAACCAUGAUCUGGACGGAAAUGAAAUAUCCAUACCAAAAUGAACCCUGCUUACUACCUGAAGAUGGCCUCAGAAAGCAGAUCAGGUCCGGGGCGAAAGCUCAGCCCUGGCCUUUCCACUGUAAACACAAAACUAACAUGGAUCCACGAGAGCUUGAAAAACUCAUUUGCAUGAUUGAGAUGACUGAAGAACCUUCUAUUCAUGAAAUAGCCAAUAAUGCUCUAUUUAACAGUCCCGAUUAUCCAUUUUCCCAUGAAGUCAUUCAUAAUGCAGGUAGAAUCUCAAUUAUUGAAAGCUUGCUCAAUAAUCCCCACCCCAGUGUUAGGCAGAAGGCUUUAAAUGCACUAAAUAACAUCUCGGUGGCUGCUGAAAAUCAUAGGAAGGUUAAAACAUACUUAAAUCAAGUAUGUGAAGAUACUGUCACCUAUCCCUUGAAUUCAAAUGUGCAGCUGGCUGGACUAAGAUUGAUAAGGCACCUGACUAUAAUUAGUGAAUAUCAGCAUAUGGUUACAAAUUAUAUUUCAGAAUUUCUUCGUUUGUUAACUGUGGGAGGUAGAGAAACGAAAGAACAUAUUUUGGGUAUGCUUUUGAAUUUCUCUAAAAAUCCAUCUAUGACAAAAGAUUUGCUCAUAGCCAGUGCACCAACAUCAAUAAUUAAUAUUUUUAGCAAGAAAGAGGCAAAAGAGAAUAUUAUUAAUGCUCUUUUACUAUUUGAAAAUAUAAAUGACCAUUUUAAAAGAAGAGCAAGAGUAUUUACCCAGGACAGUUUCAGUAAAAAUUCCCUUUACUUUGUAUUCCAACGACCUAAAGCAUGUGCCAAGAAACUUCGAGUCUUAGCAGCAGAAUACAAAGACCCUGAGGUGAAAAAAAGAGUUGAGCUAUUAUUAAGUAAACUUUAAUUAGUUGUAUGUUUCCAAACAAAUCUGAGUAAUAUUUUGGUUUUGCAUCCUGGGGGUAAUACACUUUGUAAAUUGCAUUUUAACUUUGAUACUGAUGUUAUUUAUGAUGGUUUGUUGCUGGACCACUUUAUGAACACCAGAUUAAUUCAAACUUGUACUGAAAAUACAUGUGUUGCUUUUUACCUUGUCUAGAUCGAGAUGUUUUUAGUAUGCUUCAUGAGCAGAAACUAAGCCAAUUCUUCAUAAGUAAGGUAAUCUUUGGUCCUUUGUGUGGACUUACGUUUAUACAUUUGAGAUUUUAUUUUUGUCAUCAAUAAAGUUGUGUGUUUGAAGCAGUAAAAAGACAUGUCUUUUUCCUUGAGUUUGUGAUCUAUUUGGAAAGGCAAGAAGUACCGAAACAAAAUGAUAGUAACAAAACUAGGUGUCUCUGAUCAUGGUCAGACCCUUCGGUCAGACUCUCCCCAUCAGGGCAGAAAGUUCUGUAGGUAACAGUGCUUAGGCAAAGUUUUACAGAGGAGAGGAUGCUUAAGUAAGCUGGGCUUAAAGGAUAGGAUAAAAACAGGACAGAAGAGCAUUGGAGAAGGAAGGAAUGGUGGGAAGAAAGGCAUGGAGGUGGGAAUGCUGCUCCAGAGAGAAGGCUGGCCUGCCUGAGUACAAAGUGUGGAAGAGGGAGU